AUGGAAAAGCUUAAUAGUUUGUGGAGUAAUCUACAGUUGAAUGAGGAAGAGGAUACGUCUAUUAUGAUUGAAGAAGAAGCAGUUUCAGAGAUAAAGAAGAAGGGUGAUCUUAGUUUGAUUGGUAAGAUAUUGUCUGAUAGACAAUUGGCAACACAGGUGGUUGAGUCUACUUUGAAGAAGAUUUGGCGCCUGAGUAAACCUGCAGCGUUAAGGGAGGUUGGGAGAAAUAUGUAUGUAAUGAUCUUUGCUACUCAUGCUGACAAGCAGAGGAUUGUUGAGGGGAGACCAUGGUUCUUUGAUGGUCAGCUGUUUGUUAUUAAUCCAUUUGAUGGCAUUUCUCCAAUACAUGAUCUGAAGUUUGAUACUGCACCUUUCUGGGUGCAAUUCCAUAAUCUACCUUUGUUUGGAAUGAAUAGAGAAGUGGGUGUAAGGUUGGGUAGUUCAAUAGGUGAAGUCCAAGAGGUUGAUGUGGAUGAUGAUAAUGUAGGGUGGGGUAGUAGUUUACGAGUAAAGAUUCUGAUUGACAUGAAGAAACCUCUUGCUAGAGGCAGAACUUGUCAUCUGAAUGGAGUAAAAGUCUGGAGUCCAGUGCAGUAUGAAAAGCUCCCACGUUUUUGUUUCACCUGUGGUCGUAUUAUUCAUGAAAAUGUUGAUUGCCAGAGCAACACAGAUUCUUCUCCUCAAUAUGGUGCAUGGUUAAGGGCUGUUUCCAGUGCUAAAAAGAAAUGGAACUCAUCAAGUGAGUAUAGCAAGAAGACAUCGACUAGUUCUGGGGAGAGACAGAACAUGGUGACAUCUGAUGAAGAUACUGUGCAGGUGGAGAGGAAGAGUCAAGGUUAA